AUGUUGUUCCAGGCAGCUGCAGCCAUCAAAAAAGUUUCUGGUGCUGGUGACGACUAUUACCAUAUCCUAGGUGUUGAAAAGAAUGCUGGCGAUGAUGACAUAAAGAAGGCAUACCGCAAGCUCGCCUUACGACUGCACCCAGACAAAUGCAAAGAAGAUGGUGCAGAAGAGGCUUUUAAGAAAGUGGGCGAAGCUUUUUCAGUGCUCAGCGACGCCGACAAAAGGCAAAGAUACGAUCAGUAUGGAGCAGAUGCACUUCGGGGUGGAGGUUCUGGUUCGCCAGGGUUUUCGCCGGAAGACAUCUUUGAAGCUUUCUUUGCAGGUGGCAUGCCCGGGAUGAACCCGCAGUUUGGUGGGCGCAACUUUGUCAGGGCUGGUCCUGGAACGUUUGUCUUCACAUCAGGGGGUCCGGGAGGCUUUACUUUUUCAACUUCGCAUCCAGGCCGUCAGUGUCAAGUCAAGGUGUCAAACUGUGGGCUGCUUUCCUGA